AUGGUCAGCAAAGAACACAGAAACGGGCUGCGGUUACGGCAUCGGUACCAACCAGAGGGCCAUUCUCCCUCUGCCGUCCGGCGCUUGAGAUUAGAAUGGAAAUUACAGGCUGAUCCUAACAGUGGAAGCUACCUAUCAAUCGUGGACAGACAGGCUCCUAUCAAGCCAGACAUCUUCAUUAGUGCUACUCACGGAUACGACAACCACCAGGACGAACUCCAUCACUAUUGGCACGCGUGCAACGAAAGGGAGAACAGCCUCGAGGAACCUGCUUUCGAAGACGAGAACACUCAAUUCAACGCCAAUACUUCUAUUCUACAGCGAGAGCAAGUUCCUUAUUCCCAGUGCAACUUCGGGGUCCUCUCCACAGCGCUCGAAUUCAUCAAUCGGCUUCCACCUACGACGCAUAACUGUAUGACCGGCUUUGAUACCCCCGUUCACAACCUUGUCGAAAACCAGGACGAGGACAACGAGACACGAAAAAGCAGACCCCGUAAUUUCGACCCAGAUGCCUCGCCCGGAAUAGGCACGAAAGAGUCUCCCCAUCUCAGCGACGAUGACUCCGAUCCUACGUACAAGGACCCCUUCAGCACAACCGUCGUGCCUGAACAGGAAUCUCGUAUCGAUACCGACCUCGACGACGUGGAGAAUGGGCCUCGAUGUGCGAGCAGCGCUGACUUCACACCUCAGAUUCGUAACCAGCAACAAGCCCCGAAUGGUCCCAACGACCGGACUCGGAUCCGAGCACACACCAACCCACCAACAACCAUAUGA